GGAGUCAUUCAGGAAAAAAAAGAAGCAGCAGAGGCAGUAGAAGCAAGCAGCGGAGGAGCCUAUCGGUUGAGCUAAUCCAAGCAUUUGUAACCACUUCAAAUCCGGCCCUUCCCUGUGCCUGCAGAAGCAAGAGCCAGUGUCUGAGAAAUAUCUUGAAAGGAGAGGAGGGCGAAUGACAGCAGAGAAAACAUUCAGCCAUGGCUCCCAGACUUCAUUAGCUCUGGAUCUCACAGGAAUAAAUUGCUUCCAGGACAUGUUUUCUGAGCCUCUCUCUCACACUCACCAACACACACACACACACAAGUGUACAUCCACCCUGUGUGUGUGCUAAGAGCAGCAGCUGCAUGGCAGUUAAAACGAAGAUUGCCUCCUGACUAAUGUGUCUUGGCUCAGCGUGCAUCAUUGAUUCUUUGAUUGGAUUUUGACAGGUGAAGAAGAGGAUUUUUAUUUUUACCCCUCUGCAUCCAGAAAGAAGCCUUAUCCUUGAUCCCACAGCGACAAAGAUUGACAUUGCCUCCCUUCAGCGGCCUGGAGAGCCUAGUUUUAGGUCAAAGCCAAAAGGCUGAGUUUAUUUUUAAUUUGUUUGGGCCUUUUGUGUUGCAGCUCACAGUUGGCUAAACGCUCCUGUGCUGAAUCGGGCUAUUGUUUGAAUCCCUGGGCUUUUCACGCUGCAAAUCUCUGGACCCCCCCACCCCCCCACCCCCCCUCUUUUUUACCUCUUGCAUAUGAAUCUGGAAGCCACAAGCUGGACUUAUUGCAAAUGAAGUGUAAUGCAUUGUGGGACGUGUGUAAAAUUGAAAAAGGAAGGGGAUCCAAAACCGGCUCUCUCUGUGUCUAAUGCAGUUGCAGCACCAGCAGCCGUAGUGUGUUUGUAGUGUGUGUGUGUGUGUGUGUGUGUGUGUGUGUGUGUGUGUGUGUGUGUGUGUGUGUGUGUGUGUGUGUGAGUGCCAGUUUGAUUUCCCUACCGCCAUGCCUCUAUUCUGAUCUUCCAGGGCUAACAUAGCAUAAAGCUGUGGGGCCUGGCUAAUGCUGCGAAGGGAUUAAGCUGCAGGUAGCCCCUCUCUGUCACAAUGAAGAAGACGCGGAGUACGACCCUGCGCCGAGCCUGGCCUAGCUCUGAUUUCUCUGACCGGGCCUCUGACCGCAUGAGGUCCCGCAGCGAGAAGGACUACCGUCUGCACAAACAUUUCCCACCGGCUUUUAUAUCCCAGGGGUCUCGAGGAUACAUGACAUCAGGUGAUGUGUCACCCAUCAGUAUGUCUCCGAUCAGCCAGUCACAGUUUAUCCCACUGGGGGAGAUCCUUUGCUUGGCCAUCUCAGCAAUGAACUCUGCAAGGAAACCGGUCACACAAGAGGCACUGAUGGAACACCUAGCAACCACUUUUCCAGGUGUACCCACGCCCAGCCCAGAAAUUCUACGACAUACGCUGAACAUGCUAGUCAGGGAAAGAAAGAUUUACCCGACUCCAGAAGGUUACUUCAUUGUUACUCCACAGACUUAUUUUAUAACUCCUUCUCUUAUAAGAACCAAUAGUAAAUGGUAUCAUUUGGACGAGCGGAUACCUGAACGACCGCAGCAGUGUACCUCUCCCCAAUCUGGAACUGUUACACCAUCCACCUCAGGCUGUGUGAGGGAGCGGGUUCACCACAAAAACCAUUGCGACUCCUACAACUGUUACCGGGACGACAUGAACAGCAUGCAUGCCUCCACCCUCCAGAGAAAGUCCCCCAAGGACUGCAAAGACUCUUACUGCCCUCCAUCCGCGUAUCAACCUCCUGCUACAGAAAAGAGCAAGAGCACAAUGAACUUCUCGUAUAAGACUGACACUCUGAGAAAACACAAGGAAGGUGGCAACGGCGGGGAGAAGCAACCCAAGAAGUUUGGUCUAAAGUUGUUCAGGCUGAGUUUCAAAAAAGACAAGACGAAACACCUGGCCACCUUUUCGGCACAGUUCCCCCCAGAGGAGUGGCCCCUGAGAGACGAGGAUACACCUACCACAGUUCCCAGGGAUGUGGAGAUGGAGAUCAUCCGUCGCAUCAACCCAGACCUAACUGUGGAGAAUGUCAUGAGGCACACGGCACUGAUGAAGAGACUGGAGGAGGAGAAGGCACAGAAAAGCAAAGCAGGAUCCUCAGCUCAGCACAGCGGCAGAAGCAAGAGAAGCCGGGGCCACCGGAAAGCCUACGGUAAGUCCCGGUCACACAGUAAAACCCGCGCAUCCAAAGGAGAUCCCUCAGAGGGCUCUCAUUGGGACCUAGUAGGUGAACGGGAUUAUGAAUUUUACAGCUCCUCCCUCGUUAGAUCCCCGCGUGAACGAAGCUUUUCGGUGGAGCGUAACCGGGAGAAUGUUAUUGUGCACAGCAACCCCAAUAUUGUUGAGUCUCACUUCCCAGUCACACCUGAAUGGGAUGUGUCAGGAGAGCUUGCAAAAAGGAGGACUGAAAUGCCCUUCCCUGAACCGUCCAGGGGAACUUCGCACUCCAAGGUCCAUCGAAGCCACAGUCACACCCAGGACAGAAAGUCUCGGAAUGAAAGGUCGGGCAAAGCCAAGGAAAGGUCGCGCUCGAUGGACAACUCCAAGGGCCCACUUGAGGCUGCUUCUGUAGAUACAGCAGAGGACCUAGAAGGCUGCAGCCCAGACGAUCGGGGACAGGAUCAUUACCAUGUUGAUGAUGGCACAUUGAGACCUUCCCAGGCUCACCGCUAUCAAAGAAUUUUGCUGUCUGCUGUUAACAUUAAUGCUGAGGCAUGUGUGCCUGAUACAGUUAAGGGGAACAUGGAAGAUCCUGCCGUCCAUAGUCCGCUGGAACACAGCAAACCCAGAGACGGUUUACUGGCUAACAGCAAGCUCAAACCUUGCUCCCCAAAGCCAGCAGCAGACAAUUCCUUUCAGUGCAAUACAUCAAAUGAAACCGUCCUCACCGCUCCCUCUCCUUUAAGGAAACAUGACCAUGACACCUUGACCUUGUCAGAUGGAGUCAAAAAAGUUUAUCCAGUUGAUCGUCACAGCCCCAUCCCCACCAGAGACUCCUGUGAGUUCCAAGAUGUCACUACUACAAAGGGACAAAACGGCAUCAGUUUACAGGUGCCCAGCCCGAUGCCAGAACCAAUACCAAAUGGCCAUUUGACACACCAACACAAUGCUGAGCCCACCACCAGUGACAAAAGGAAAGAGAUUUUUAGCAAGGACACUUUGUUCAAACCUCCACACAAUGUAUUGACUGUCGGUUUUGUAGAGAACAGCUACCAGAAAUCUGGUACAUUGCGGAAAUCUAAGCUCAUGAAAUCAGCAGAGGUUCUCAACAACUGUGAGCACUUUGAGCAGCCUAGUCAGCUCUCCGUUUCACCCAGCACCUCGGCACCACAGGGACCUAAGCAGCCACCUGGGGGCCAGGAAGCCAAUUUUGACUAUUACAACGUGUCGGACGAUGAUGACUCGGAUGAGGCGACGCAGAAAAACACAGAGGAGGAGAAGACCAGGGAGGAUGGCGGGACAAUGCAGUGGUUACUUGAGCGAGAAAAAGAGAGAGAUUUACAGCGAAAGUUUGAGAAGAACCUCACCCUUCUAAGCCCAAAGGAAAAUGACAACAAUAACAGCCAAAAGUCUGCACAUUCUGCCCGCCUGGACAGCAUGGACAGCAGCAGCAUUACGGUAGACAGUGGAUUUAACUCUCCACGCACUCGUGAAAGCUUGGCUUCCAACACCUCAAGUAUUGUCGAAAGCAACAGGCGUCAGAAUCCAGCUUUGAGCCCUGGUCACGGUGUAAGCAGCAGCACUAAAGCUUUUAACUUCCGAUCCACUGCAGACCCUCCCACCACCGAACCGGAGAAACUGCAGAAACCUUCAAACUGUUUAGCUUCUAUUACCAGUGUUUGAAAGCUGACAUCAGCCAAGAUUCAUGUUGCACCCAAGCUAAGUCAUACACAAUGCAGACUGUUACUCCAGACAUGACUGAGGACUUCAAGUCUUUUGUAUGGGAAAAGCAUGUUAUAGGUAAAUCUUCACACUCACUAAAACUGAUGGAGGUUCCUAGAUUUAACAAAAAAUAAAAUAGAAGCAUAGCUGUUUUUCAUAAACCAUGCCAAACCAUUUAGACUGGUGGAAAAAUGUUCAUAUUCACUACCCACUGUGAUCCAACUUUUUUUUUUUUUUUUUU